AAAGGAUAGUGUCUAUGCCACAGCCGGGAUAGUAAACGGUCUUCUUGGCACCAUAUACCAGGAAGGGAAAACAUGCCAGAGUAUGGUUAAGAGAGCAUCUGUUGAUUGACAGAAAAGCUGCAGAGCCGUGGGAACACAUGGUGAAAUGCAAGGACUGUGGGGCCUUUGGUCAUGCCUCGAGGAGCAGCAGGUGCCCCAACAAGUGCGGCUAUGACCUCCUAGUGCCACAGCCUCUGAAAACCAGGAAGGAGAAAGAGAACCAGGAUCCUUGCAGGCUCUUGGGUCUCCCAACACCAGGAACCAUAAACCAGGCUGAGAGAGACAAGAAACAGAAACAAGUCACCAGACAGAGGUGAGUGAUGGCCGAGGGCCAGGGUACAUAUGGAAGGGGCUGGCAGGAGAGAAGGUGACAGCGGAGCUCAUGAGGAAGCCACACCUCAUCUUCUGUCCCCAACUAUCUGAAAGGGGGCCAGAGAUCUAGAAAGUAAUCUCUCCUUCUGAGACAAAAGCUGAUGUGUGUCCCACACCAUUGUGUGCCCCACAGUUCUGAUGAGCGGCAGGGGAAGGCACUCUUUACGGAAUUUCCCAUGGAUAGUCCAAGGAUGGAACAAGACUUCAACUUGGUGGUGAGUAAAAGACCUGAUCCUGUUGAGGAAAUUCUGUCUUCCUGGUCCCUGAAACAUCAUCCCUUUGCCUGCCAUGGCGGGUCUUUGCUCAGCUCAUAUCCACUGUGCCCGUCAGAUAUCAUAGGCCUCUCUGGUGUAGCAGCAUUGUUUCCCUGGGACACUUCCGGAAUUCAGACUGACUUGGGUUUUGACGUGGGAGCCUCUGCUGUGUGGUUCUCCUCCUUGUAGACCACCUGUCCUAGAGGACAGGCAGCUUGUCCUUGUCUUCCUCACUUGUCCUUGAGCAUGACCUUGGAGCUCAGCCUCAGGUCCUCCUUCUUUCAGAGCUCUGUAUUACAAACGUAGCCUGCCCCGUUAGCUUUCUGGCCCCUUUCCCCUCUGUCCACUGAUUCUGCUCUUGCCAUUAGGGCUCGGCUUCUUGCUGCUGCUUCUAGAACCCAGACUUUGAUUGGAGAACUCUUACUGGAACCUACAUGUCCCAACGUCUUCCUUCCCAAUCUGUUGGCUACAGAGUUGACCCAAAAGACCAUGCUGAGAGUCAGGGUCAAGGCAGGGCAUCUAAGAAUACCUACAAACAAGAGCUUCUCUGUUCUCAUCCAGACCUUUUUGGUUUUUUCCAGACGUCUUCGGUUGCCCAUGUUUCAGGCCAACCCCUGAGAAUGCAAUUCACCAGAAUCUUUGGUGACUGCUGGAAUUCCAGGUUCAUCACAGCGGCCCCAGGACUUGGCAUUGAAAGGGAAACACCUCCUUCUGCGUGUCCUGCCUCUCAGGAGAAUGGCGAACAAACACACUCCCAAGUCCCAUGGACUGUCCUCUAUGAGGACCUUCAGGUCUCCUCGUCUUCAGAGGACAGUGAUGGGGACUGAGUCGUCACCUGGAGAGAAGAUGCCACCUCUGUUCAGACUGUCCAGAUGCCUCUGGGUUGUCACACGAUGGCCUCUUUUGGGAGGGAAAAGAAUCUGGGUGGAAAUGGAUGUUCCUCUCCAGAAUGAACUACGGAGAUGACUGUAAUCGCUCAUGUUCACUUCAGAAGAGGCAACAAAACUAAGAACUCCUCCCUCCCAUGCCUUGACUCCCACCUCCAUGCCCAUAGCCUCCGCUCAGUGCGGACUCUGAACGAUGAAGUGUGCCCCUGAGAAAUACUCUAAGGAGGUCACCUCUCUUCUCCUUGUCAAUCAGUGGCAUCUGGUAGAUACUUCCCAUAACCUCAAUGUCCCCACCUAUCUUCUAAGUGUCAUGUUUUGAUAUUAUCAAGUUCUAUCAUUAAAAUUGUCAUAGAAAUUAUGGAUAUUCAGAGGUUUUCCUGUGCCCAGGACAUGGGGUUUUUCCAAAUACCUAUUGUUCAAUAAAAAAAAAAAAACCCACAAAUGCAAGUGGCAUUCAAACCUACCACAUCGGGUGUGCCACACAGACACUGUGCACACACACCAUCACCUUAUGAUCACAAGACCCUUGAGAGGUAAGACAAUCAAUCUGUAGGCCUUGCCAUCUUAGCUAUUCCUGUGUCGCUGAAGUGUUUGGUCUGAUUGUCAUCCUGAUAUAUAGGGACAACUACCAUAAGGUACUGAAGCUCAGUUUCCGGAGGGUUGUGUAUUCAGUUACACUAGAAUUGACUAACUCAUGAAACGAGAUGUUCUCUGUCUUUGUCUCUGUCUCCCCCAUAUAUCUCUAAAACGCAAACACACACAAACAUAAACCUACACACACAAACACACACACACACUUGUAUGUGCACACACAAUUUCCACCCUGGCUUUUGGCUUACAGCCAUUCAUGUCAACACCCACUGCCUCUUUUUUUUUUUUUUUGGUAACUUUCAUACUUAAGACACAGUCUCACACUGACUGGAUGUUCUAACAGCUUGCAUCUUUUUGUUGGCUAGCAGGAUCAGGGAUGUGUGUGUGUCUUGAGCCUACUAGAUUGGAAGAGGGCUAACUUUUGUAUAGGGUUUUUCCCCCAACCAACAUAAGCUCUGGUAACUCUGUUGGGGCAUCCCCUGCUGCAUCCUCCUCUGUCAUAUCAUAACCUCUGUUCCCUGGGUGCUACCCAGGCUCUAUGGGCUGCUGGGCUCUCAGUUGUAAUAAUUUCCUCGCUAUCAACUCUUUCUGACUUCUCCAACAGCUCUCUUUUGCUUCAUGCUCCAUUCCUGACUUCACUAGAUCGAGCAAGGGUCCUCCCAGGAUCUUAAUUGGUAUGGGUUUGAUGUCCUUGAGCCACGAGUCGGCAACUGUGUGCCUGUUGUCCCUGUUCUUUAAACUCCACAUCUGCAAAGACAAGAUAGCUGGAGACGGCCUUGAUGGACAGGUACUUCCUGAUUCUAACUCUCCCUAAGGAUACACACUAUACAAGCUCUGAGUUGAGGUCAGUCCUCUGCUCAGAACACUGUCUUCAGCACCUUUAAGGGAAAGGCAUUGUGUUCUGCAGCUCAAAGCAGCCCAGCCAGAACCCACGCUCAAGGUCACAUUUGGUCUCAAUUGACCUCACCUGAGACAAAUCCACAAAAGUAACAUUUCCUUCUUACCUGUCUACACAUGCAUUGCAACUCAUUACCACGGGAGGCUGGAGGAUUUUUGACAAAAAAAAAAAAAAAUGUCAAUCUACAAGUCAUAGUCAAUUCCAGGCUACCCUGGCCUAGGUUUUGAGAUCUGACUCGAUGGUAAACACUAAUCACUAGUUGAUGAUAAUCACUACCAAUCCUCCCUUACCACCCCUCAUCACUACCAUACCCUCAACAAAGGAAACAAUACAAAUUAAUCAAGCAAGCAAAGAGAUUCAGUCAUAAAACUGAAACCAACCUUAUCCAAACCAAGCAAAACGAAAAAAGAGAAACCACGCUAAAAGCAAAACAAACAAAAACCACAGUAAAAAAAAAAAAUCUCUAGGGGCUGGAGAGAUGGCUUAGCGGUUAAGAGCAUUGCCUGCUCUUCCAAAGAUCCUGAGUUCAAUUCCAAGCAACCACAUGGUGGCUCACAACCAUCUGUAAUGAGAGGUCUGGCGCUCUCUUCUGGCCUGCAGGCACACAUGCAGACAGGAUAUUGUAUACAUAAUAAAAAAAAAUCUCUAUCCACACAAAGAAUGUUGUGUGGAUGAUAAGCCUCUGACUUUCCUGCUAUGGCCUGCAAAUGUGUGUCUGUCUAAGACACAGCCACCCAAAGGCAUAUACUGUGUUGGAAAUCAACGUCACGUCAUGUUUCAGCGUGUUUACAUGCUUCCCGGCAGAUGAUCUGAGCACUGGCAGAAAACUCUUGCUGGGUCCUAGUCAAACUACCAAAUGACAAAGACAAACAGAGCAAGCAACAAGAGCCCUUCGUCACAUACAUAUGCCCCCGUGAAGCAUGGUCCCAGAGGCCCUUCCAGAAACAACCUGAACAGAAUCUGAGGUAACAGUUACAAUUGGUGAAGUCCAAGAUGAAAGAUGCCACUAUCUUUCCAACCUUCUGGGUGCUCUCUCCUUUCAUAGGUCUCUCACUGAGGGCCCCAUCUUAGCCCCCACCCUGUGACUCAGAACUGAGUACAAAGGGGUCACUGUGAGGAGGAGAGAGGUGGGCCCAAGAGAGGCAUCACUGGGAUUCUGAUGUGACAAAGACUGCCUGCCCUCUGAGGGCUAUGGAGCUUUCCCAGUUGGGAAACAGCUAAGCAGUAAGUAACCUCAAAAUAAGUCCUAGCCUCGUAAGGUUAUGAAGGCCAGGCAUGUUUUUAUUGGAUUUAAAAGUAUCUACAUAGACACAUAUAGGUAGUUUUCUACUGUUCUUGAUAUAUAAUGCGUUUAUACUUGAUUUUACCGAUUUUAUUUCUGUUAAGAGCAUUUGUUUUACAUUCGUUUGUGUGUAUAGGUAUGGGAGUGUGGCCACUGUGCAUGUGUGGAGGACAGACAACAACCUGUAGGAGUUGGCUUGCUCCUUCCAUUAUGUGGCUUCCAGGAACCAAACACAGGUCUUUUGCCUUGGCAGCAAGUGCUUUUACCCUCACCAGCCACCUCGCCAGACCCUGCCCCGCCCCCAAAGAUAAUACAGUGGUAACGGGAGAAAAACUGGGGGGCGAUUUUCCCUCUCAUAUUCUAAUUCAAGAAACUGCCGUCAGUUCAGCUGCUGUUUCUUGACCAUCUACUCUGAAGCAGAAACUACACUAGGCACUGUGCCUAGGGAUGGGAGACGGGGCUACUAACUGGAUAGGAGGGCGGCCCUGAGUCUCAGCAGCUGUGAGGAGAGGGGGUCUCCUUGCCUAAAUCUGAAAGAAUCAGGUCAAUUAGUUCAAGCUAUCCAGGGAAAAGGGACUAAUGGAGAACUUAGCAUAUUCCAGGGAUUCUAGAUCAAGAACCAUACGAUGACAUAAACAAAAUCAAAGUUCUAAAUUCAGUUAUAUUCAUCCAGCAUUGCUUUACUAGCUCCCAGGUUACAGAGACGGCAGGAAGACACAUCCAUACAUAAUGUCAAGUAUGUCAGGUAACGGUAGGACACUGGCAGACAGAUACAGAGAGGAAGGAGAAACAAGAACUGGAGCCCACCCCAGAAGGUGAAGGAAGCCUUUGAGGGGACACAAUUGGUGCUUUGGUGUAGAGGUAAAAGUGCUCAAGUUGUAUCUAAAGAACUCACUAUAUGCCCCGUGGAACAGAGUGGAGAGACAGAAGGAAGCAAAGAGACAGACAGCAGUCUGUGGAGUCUUUGACUGCUUGUAAGCAAGUGUGAUGCACCAGGACAAAUCUUUAGAAAUCCAUGCAGGACAGAGGAAGGCUAUACUGUGUAGGCAGAGAAUCUGGACUGCAAGAUCAACAGCAGACACCAGGCAGGAGGGGAAAAGACAUCCUACCCUGAAGAAGGAACAGCAAAUGUGUGCCUGCCUCCAAGAGAUGUAAAGAAUUAGAACUGAUAGGGCUUGGUGGUUGAGGAGAAGCCUAGUAUAGGAGAAGAUCAGAGGUGAGCCUCAGGUUUCUGGUUUGUGUUACUGGAGAGAAGGGAAGUCAACAGCCAUACACACCAUAGCCAAUAUCUCUUUGUGUAUGCAUAUGCAUCAUGUACACACACACACCCCUCCUUCCAUUGGUGGGGUUCACCAUCCAAUUCCCAGGUGUCUUACAACAACUUUAACAUGUGAGCCACCCAGUGUGAGUGAGCAUGAAGACACACACAGUGGGGGGAAGAGGGAAGAGGGAAGGUAGGAGGGAGAGAGGAAGAGAAGAGGAAGGAAAAGAGGGGGAAGGAGAGAGGGAAGGAGGGAGAGAGGUUCUUUAUUUUCUCAUCCCAAUCCAAAAGAGAAAGAAAAACGCAGGGCAGGUCUGGAAAACCCCCUGCAAAUGUCUCAUGCAGCUCUACACUGUGGUGCUUUGGUGAGGGUCACUGAGGACAAACCCCUGCUUCCCAGAAGCACACAAUGCGAUCUCUGCACCUGAGUGUACACACUGUCUGCAUUUUCAGCUUUCCCUGCACUCUAAGCCUUCGUCUUUCUCGCCCUGCGAUGGCCUUGGUAGCUAUCUGAAUUGUGGAUUGUCCUGAUAUAUGCUACCUUGGAUAUAUAAGUGUUGAAAAUCCUCAUCCUCUCCGUUUCCCUCUUUCCUCCCCUCCUUCCUCUUUCCUUUUCCUUCCCUCCCUGUCCUCUUCUCUCCUUCCCCUUAACCCCCUUCCUCUUCUCUUCCCAUUCCCUCUCAUCUUCCUCUUUUUUCUCUUCUCUUCCCCUUUCUGGUGUGAAAUAUUUUUAUGAACCUUUUUUAUAUAUGACGUGUUUGCAGCCACUUCCCAAGCAAAGGAACAGAACACUGCCAACCCCUCUAAGGCCCUUCUCGGUCGCUCACCAAUCAUCUCUUUGUCGCUCCCCAGUUUUUCUGCCACGAACCACCUCAAAUUAUCACAUCAUCCUUGUGUACUUUGGUUCCGAGUUUAGCACUGCUGUCUUUGUUGGGCAAGAUUGUUUGUGGAGCACUAGACCUUGUAUCCCUGUAUGUAUCAAGAAGCUUGGAGCCAUGGCCACCCAGCGUUCUUCUGUACUAAGUCUUGCCUGUCACGAAGACAGCGGUGAUUAAAUUUUCCACUAUCAGACAGGUGCCUUCCAUACUCACGGACGUGUUCUCUCUGGGUACAAACAGGGUUUGACCAACUGACCUGGACGUGGCCAACAGACUGAUCGCCAACACAGCCACCCACCGUUCCGGCUGACUGGAAGAUGUUUCCCUUCAAGGUGAGCAAAUGGAUGGGGCUGGCUUGCCUCCGGUCCCUGGUGCUGUCCCCACCCAGUAUUCGUCAGAAGAAACUAAUACACAAGGUGCAAGAGGAAAAGGCUUUUCGAGAGGAGGUGAAAAUUUUCCAUGAGAAAAUAAAAGACUUCCGGGAAGAGAUAUGGGAUUUCCGAGGCAAGAUCCGGGCUUUCCGGAGCCAGAUCCUGGGUUUCCAGGGGGAAGAAAGACCAUUCUGGGAAGAAGAGAAGACCUUCUGGAGAGAAGAAAAAACCUUCUGGGAAAUGGAAAGAUCUUUCCUGGAAGAAGAAAAGGCUUUCUGGAAAAAAUACAGAGCCUUCUGGAAAGAGGACAAAGCCUUCUGGAGAGAGGACAAUGCUUUACGGGAAAGAGACCGGAAUCUUCUUCAGGAAGACAAGGCUCUAUGGGAAGAGGAAAAGGCCUUGUGGGUAGAGGAAAGAGCCCUGCUUGCAGAAAAGAAGGCUCUGUGGGAGGAUAAAAAGUCUCUCUGGGAGGAAGAGCAUGCCCUUUGGGAGGAAGAGAAAGCUCUCUGGGUGGAAGGCCAUGGCUUCCAAAUCCUUGGGGAGCAGAGACCCCAGAAUGGUCCUCACCAUGCCAAUGAAGAGCCACAGUCAACAGUCUUCCCCCGAAGGCAUGCAUAGAGAACACUAGACACGCAAGACCACGGGGAACAGCCAUCACUGGUAGGGACCCAAGACCAGGGUGGCCCCAUGUGCUAGAGUAAAUAGACACUAAUUUGUCUCUUUGCCAUGAGAUAAUAAAGGCCUGAGGAGUGGUUAAUAGUAUGGUUCCUUGUAACUUUCCAGACACCGUUACUGUUAUUUUAUCCUCCAUUCUCUUACAUACCUCCCUCCCCCUCCCUGGAGUCCUCCCCACUUUUCCCAUUUCACCAGCCAGAUCACUGAUACCUGCUAUUCCCCCCCCCCCCCUUCUUCCGUCACACCCUGCCCUGACAGAGGUCUCUGUUUUGUUUUGGUUUUUUGCUUUCCUGGUUUCUGCAGUUACUCCAAGACAGGUACUCACAUCUGAAGAUUUGGAGCAAGGAGCCUUCAAUGACAGAACAUGAGACCUUUGCCUUUCUGAGUCAGGGUUAAUUCACUCCCUAGGUUAUUUUCCAGUUCCACCCAUUAACCUAUAAGAUUAAUGAUUUCAUUCUUCCUUACAGAUGAAUAAUACCCUACAGUAUAUAUGAGCAACCUUUUCAUUAUGUAUUGGACAGGUGAAGGACAUUGGCGUUGUUUCCAUUUCACAGCUACUUUGAAUAGAGCAGUGAUGACCAUGGCUGAGCAAGUGGAGUAGAGUAGGAAGUUGAGUCCUUUGGGCGUAUGCCAAAGAGCAUGUAGGUAGAGUAGUUUUCAGCUUUUUGAGAAUUCUCCACACGGAUUUCCACAGCGGCUGCACCUGAUUGCAAUCCCUCUGACAGUGAAUUUAGGUUCCCUUUUCCCCUCCAGCAUUUGUUGUCCUGUUUUAUUGAUGUUUGAUUUGUUGUUCAUGUUUUUUUUUUUUUAAAUCUUACUAGGGUAAGAAAGAAUCUCCAAGUUGUUUUGAAUUGCAUUUCCCUAAUCGUUAGGGACAAUGAACAAUUUGAGUAUUUCUCAACCAUUGUCGUCUUCUUUUGAGAACUCUCUGUUCAGGUUCCAGGACCAUUUUUGGAAUGGCUCCUUUUUUACAUUUUUUUGAUUCUUUGUUUCUGAGUUCUUUAUAUAUUCUGAAUAUUAUUCCUCUGUUAGAUGUAUAGCUUGUAAAGAUUCUUUCCCACUCUGUGGGCUUCCUCUUCAUCCAGCUGUUUCUUUAACUGUGUUAAAGUUUUAUGAUGUUCCACUUGUCCGUUGUUAAUCUUAACUAUUGAGGAAACAGAGUUCUAUUCAGGAAGUCCUUUCCUACACCUACAUGAUGGAAAGCACUGCCUAUGUUUUCUAGAAGUUUCAUGUUCCAGGUUUCAUAUUGAAGUCUUUGAUAAAUUUGCAAUUCUGUUUGUACAUGAUGAGAGAUACAGGUCGAAUUUCAUUUUUCUGUAUGUGGACAUCUGGCUUUCUCUACCAUUUAUUAAAGAUGCUCGCUCAUCUCCAGCUUUUGUAUUUGGUAUCUUUGUCAAAUGUCAAGUGACUAAAGUUACGUGUAUUCAUGUCUAAGUCUCUGAUUUUGUCCCAUUGGCCUACAUGUCUGUUUUUGUGCCAGUAACAUGUUGUUGUUAUUGUUGUUUGUUAUGGCUCUGUAAUGUGGAAUUGCAAUCCUCCUAGCAUUGUUCAACUAUGUUCACAGCAGCAUUAUUCGUAAUAGCCAGAACCUGGAAACAACCUAAAUGCCCCUCAACUGCAGAAUGGAUAAAGAAAAUGUGGUACAUUUACAUAAUGGAGUACUACUCAGUGGUAGAAACAAUGACUUCACAAAGUUCGCAGGCAACAAUUCUGACUGAGGUAAUCCUGACCCAAAAAGACAAACAUGGUAUGUACUCAUAAGUGGAUAUUAGGAGUAAAGUAUAGGAUAGCCAACCUGCAUCCUCAGCCCCAGAAAAUAAUACGUAAUGAGGGUACAAAGAGGGAUGCAUGGAUUUCCCUGGGAAGGGGAAAUAGAAGAGACCAACAGGUAAAAUGGGGUGGGAGGAUGGGGGGGGACAGGGCAGAGAUGGGGGGAUGGGAACAUGAGGGAUGGGGCUGAGAGACCUGGGCACAGAAGGCAGGUUGGGGGCGGGACGGAGAGGGAGAGUGAGGAACGUGAUGGGGAGGGGUAUUUCAGGGUUAGGAACUCCCAAGAAUCCACAAGGAUGGCCCCAACUAAGACUCCUGGCAAUAGUGGAGAGGGUACCUGAACUGGCCAUCUACUGUAACCAAAUUGGUGACUACCCUAAUUGUCAUUAGAUAACCUUUAUUCAGUAACUGAUGGAAGCUAAUCCCACAGUCAAGCACUGGGCUGAGCUCUGAAAGUCCUCUUGAAGAAAAGGAGGAAGGACUGUGAGAUCAGGAAGGUCAAGGUCCUGACAGGGGAACCCACAGAGACAGCUACCCUGAGCUCGUGGGAGCUCAUGGACGGUUGGACCAACAACAGUAAGGGAGCCUGCAUGGGACCAGCCUAGGCCCGCUGCAUGUGUGUGACAGUUGUGUGGCUUGGUCUGUUUGUGGGGCUCCUAGCUGUGAGAUCAGAACUUGUUCCCAACACUUGAGCUGACUUUUUGGAACCUAUUCACUAUGCAGAGAUGCCUUGCCCAGCCUUGAUGCAGGGGAAGGAACUUGGUCCUGCCUCAACUUGAUGUGCCAUGCUUUGGACACACCCAUGGGAGCCUGUCCCUUUCUGAAUAGGGACGAAAGAGGAGUGGAUGGGGAGGGGGUAGAUGGGAGGUGGGGCAGGGAGGGGAAGCAUGGGAGGAAAGGAGGGGAAAGUGUGGCAGGUAUGCAAAAUAAAAAUUUAAUUAAUAAUUAAAUUAAAAAUUUUUAUAAUAAAAAAAGAGCACUAGCUUUUCUUCCAGGGGUCCUGAGUUCAAUUCCCAGCAACCACAUGGUGGCUCACAGCCAUCUAUAACGAGACCUGGUAUCCUCUUCUGGCCUGCAGGCAGAUAUGCAGGUAGAACACUAUGUAUACAUAAUUUAAAAAAAAUGAAACAACACCAUGAAUCCCAUCUUACUACCAUAGGAUAAAGCUGGAUAUCAACAACAAUAGAAACAACAAAAAUAGACAAACUCAUAGAAACUGAACAACGCAUUACUGAAUGAAAAAGAGGGUAGCACAAAAGUUAAGAAGGAACUUAAAAACUUCUUAGAACUGAGUGAAAACAAAAAUACAACAUCCCCAAAGCUAUACACAAUAAAGACAGUACUAAGAGGCAAGUUCAUAGCACUAAAUGCUUACAUAAAAAACGGAAGAGCUCUCACAUUAGUAACCUAAUGGUAGACCUGAAAGCUCUAGAACAAGAAGAAGAAUUAACAUCCAAAAGGAGUAAAUGGCAAGAAAUAAACUCAGGAUUGAAAUCAAUCAAUUAGAAACAACAAAAUACAUAGAUUCAAUGAAACAUAGCUGAUUGAGAAAAAUCGGUAAGAUUGAUAAACCCUUAGCCAACUUAACCAAAAGACAGAAAAGAUUGAAAUUAAUAAAAUUAAAGGCGAAAAGGUGGACAUCAAAACAGACACCAAUGAAAUCAAGAGAAUCAUAGGGGCAUCCUUUGUACUCCACCCAACUGGAAAACUCAAAAGAAAUGGACAAUUCUCUUGAUAUAUAUGACCUACCAAAGUUAAAUCAAGAUCAGGUAAGCAAUUUGAGCCGACCUAUAACCCCUAAUGAAACACAAGCAGUGAUUAAGAGUCUCCCAACCAGGAAAAAAAAAAAAGCCAGGGCCAAAUGGAUUCAGCACAGAAUUCUAUAGGAUCUCCAAAGAAGAAUUAUGCCAAUACUCCUGAAAUUAUUCCACAAAACUGAAAGAACAUUGCCGAAUUUUUUACAAUUUUACCAUGAUAUGCAAACCACACAAAGACACAACAAUUACAGACCUUUAUAAACACAGAAGCAAAAGUUCUCGAUAGAAUAAUAGCAAACUAAAUCCAACAACACAUCAACAACCAUCUACCAUGAUCAAGUAUGUUUCAUCCCAGAGAUGCAGAAAUGGUUCCACAACGGCAAAUUGAUAGACAUAAUCCCUCUUGUAAAUCUCAAAAUUGAUAGACAUAAUCCCUCUUAUAAAUCUCAUAAGAUGCAGAAAGGCCUUUGACAAAAUCCAACAUCACUUCAUGAUAAAAGUCCUGGAGAGACUAGGGAUACAGGGACAUAUCUCAACAUAAUAAGGGCACUAUACAACAAGCCUACCCACUAAGCAAAAAAAAAAAAAAAAAAAAAAAACUCAAAGCAAUUUCAUUAAAAUCAGGAACAAGACAAGGUUGUCCACUCUUUCCAUACCUAUUCAAUAUAGUACUUGAAGUCUUAACCUGACUUCAAUAAGACAAUCGAAGACAACUGAAGAUCAAGAGGCUACAAAUAGGAAAGGAAGAAGUCAAAGUAUCUUUUUUUAAUCUGCAGAUGGUAUAUGUUUAUAUAUUUGUAUACUUAUGUAUAAUACAUAUAUCCCUAAAAACUCCACCUAGAAAGUUCUGACCUCCAACACCUCCAACAAAGUAGCAGAAUACAAAACUAACACACAAAACCCAGUAGCCUUCCUAUGUACAAAAGAGACUGAGAAAGAAAUCAGGGAAUAAUGCCUUUCACAAUACUCUCCCACCCCCAGAAAAAAGUAUCUUGUGAUACUGUAAACAACCAAGUGAAAGAUUUGCAUAAUGAAACUUUAAGAUACUGAAGAAGAAAUGAAAGAAGACACCAGAGGAUGGCAAGAUGCUCAAUAAUCAGUAGAAUUAAUAUAGUGAAAAUGAUUAUUCUACCAAAAGCAAUCUACAGAUUUGACACAAUCACCAUCAAAAUUCCAAAACAAUUCUUCACAAAAAUUGAAAAAAAAAAAAAACAGUUCUCAACUUCAUAAUGAAAACCCAAAAUAUAUCCUGGACAGCUGAAACAAUUUUAAUAAUAAAAGAACACCACUGAUCUGAAGUUGUGCUACAACGCUAUAGUAAUAAAAAGAGCGUAGUAUAGGCUUAAAAGCAGAGAGGUUGGUCAAUGGGAUAGAACUGAGGACCCAGACAUAAGUCCUCUCACCCAUGGACACUUGAUUUUUGACAAAGAAGCCAGAAGUACACAGGGGAGGGGGAAACCCAGCAUCUUCAACAAAUAGUGCUGUUCCAACUAGAAGGUUGUACACAGAGAAAUGUAAGUAGACCCAUCACCCUGCACAAUACAAAACUCAGAUGCAGCUAUGAUGACCAUGGCAUCACCCUAACAUGUACUCAAAGUCGACAGAUACAGGGAGGCUGGGAAUCCCAGAUGUCAGAAACAUGUUAAAUACGUUGAAGCCUCUAAAGCUUGCACACACACCUGUACAGGAAAGGAGAACCAGCAGGUCGCUCCCUGUAUUGCUUUGCGUUGCGCUCCAGGGAAAUGUGGAAUUAUGGUUGCACACAAAUAGACCUUUUAGAACGCAGAAACUUUAAGUACAGUAGGGAAUUUGUUUUUGGAAAUCCUUUUUUCUUUUAGUUGUACCGGAGAUUGAACCGAGGACCCUGUGGGUAAAUGAUCUACCAUGCUAGCCUCCAUAAAGUCCCCAAUCUCCCCAAACCUUUUAGUCAGGUAAUCUUUUUCUACUUAAAUAAUAUGAUUGGUUGAAUUUAGUCUGUCCUGAAUUUCCUUAAAGUGAAAGUCACCUUUAUUGGUCCCAGUUCCAUACUGAAUUAGAACACAGUUUAGAGAUCUAUUUUAUGACAUGCCAGUUUUCAGAUGCCACUAAAAUUGAAAUUAUCCUUAAUUUAUUAUAAAGGUAAUCCAUCAAGAUUUUUCACUUUAUCAGGAAUACCAGGAAUGGGAAGAUACUGGGAUUCAGUCUGAUGCCUGAGGAAGCCUUGGGGAGGAGGCUUGCUACAUUCUUCAUACAACCAGCAACAAUGUUCUUUCAGGACAGCACAGGGAAGCCCCAUGCCUAGACUGAGAAGUCCUCUAGGGUGCGCUAGAGAUCAAGCAGUGCAGGGCACCCGGGACGCCCAAGGACCAGCCUCUAGUUAUGUGGUCCUGAUGCAGCACAUGAUGAAAGGAAGGCCUGGACCUUUCGUAAAGGUUUGUGUCACCAGCACAUCUCUGCUGACAUUCUUUCCACUCUCCAUAGUGUCCGGGUUGGGUGACAAAUCGUAUCAUUAGGGUACCCCAAGCAGAACUUCGCUUCCCCAACAGAAGCCCCCGGUCUUGUUUUUUUUUUCUUCACUGUCUUCUCUCCCACUCUCUCAAGGCAAGGAUCCCGAAGUACAUCCUCGCUGAUCACUUCAUGUGUUUCAGGAGGGAGCCAAAGUCUGUGAGUCAACCCAUUGGGGCGGUGACUUCAGCAAAGGGCUCUCAGCAGUCGUGCAUGGCACUCAGGCAGCUGCCAGCAGACUUCAGCAGAGGGGUUCUGACCAGGGCAAGGCAAUAUUGGGUCCCCGCCGCCUCGUGCCUCCACUGCUAGAGUCCUAUUCUUCUCUGUCUCUGUCCUC